AUGACCAAUUAUCAAAGGUUUUGUCGAUUGGUAUUUCCUAUAGCUUGCUCCCUACUCUUACUCCUGCGAGUCCUGGGGCAGUCACAAUAUGGUGCUCAAUACAUAUCUCAAGCAAAAGGUUGGGCGGCCAUUGAACAGAAGGGUACUGAUGCAUCAAAUCCAGUAGAUAUUAAUCAAACACUAUCAUCAUUAGAAGGAUUGAAUACAAGUACAAGUUUGCCCAUUGUUGAGCAGAACAAAAAUUCAUCUCGAUCAACAGUACCAACAAUUGAUGUCAAAUUGCAAGCACUUUCCGAAGGUUUGGGUAGUAAUACAAGUUAUUUGCCCAUUAUUCAAAAGAACAAUGAAACAACAAAAUAUCUUUGUAUAGGCCCCCUUUGGGCCGGAAACAGUAACAAAAUCCUAGAAUUGGCGAGAGGGAAGAAAAAGGCGGAACAGUUGGGGUUCGAGCUUGCGGUGGUGGAUUCCGAGAGUUAUGGCUGGUAUAAUUCAUGGUUCGGUCCAUCGCCACAUGUGACGCUACCAGCGCCCAAUGAAACACUGCAUUGCGUCAAAAAUAUGACUGGCAAAGAAAUCUUUUACGCCAAAUUCGACAACCCAGAAGGUAUCCCCUAUCUACCUCAAAUUCCGAAAUAUUUCUUGCCUCGGAAAGAUUUGAGGGAGCGUGCUCAACAAGCAUUGGUCGAAACCUACGGAAAAGAUCCAAUAUUGACAGUGCAUCGUCGAAGCAUGAGCCUGUGGCGAGCGAACAAAUAUUGGAAAGGACAAGGCGGUGCGAACUGCUCCAAGUUACUCUCGGUGGCAAUGGUGAACUUGUCGUAUGCCUACGUGCAAGCCAAUCUCAAUCCUCGCAAUUUGUCCGUGGUCCUCUUUACCGAUGGCCUCACUCCGGCUCUGGACUCGACCUUUCCAGUGAUUGAUUCGCACAAUUUUACAGAGCAAAUAUGGAUGAUGGCAUCGAGUGACGAGCAUGUAGGCAUUCCUGUAUCCACUGUCGAUAUGAUUGUCAAUCAUUGGCGGUAUGCGCAAGGGAAUAGGAACAUUUCUCCACAUCAGUGCUAUUGGAAAUUCAAAGAGGAAUAUGCGAUGGAUCCUUCUCAUUUCUCGUGA